GCCAGCGACUAACCGCUUGAGCUAUGGCGCGGCCUUCAUAUGGCUCAGUUAAGGAGCCAGUGCCGGGCUCCUGUGGGAACAUGGUAAUACAUGUUCGGGUUCCAUGCUAUAUAUUUUUUGAAUAGCUCAGCAACUAGCUUCUCAAGAAGUCUACUCCACGAGUCAGUUAGUUUCUUAGUCAGUAUGAAACUUACAACAAUCUUCUUAAUAAAUAAAUAUUUUCUUGAGAUAACUCACUUUAAAGCUAUAUAUAUGAUCCAUCUCACCCAAAGCACGGGAAAGAAGAGAAAAGCAAUCAAUAAGCACACACAUUUUGGACAGUUCAAGUAUAUACGUAUAUUUACUACGACGAGCCAGUUCAGGAACCAGGUAAACUGUACUUCCACACAUAUUAAUUCGACUGUUGAACCAUGAAGAUGGAAUACAAAGGAGUCGAAAGAGGACAGCUACAAAUACAAUAAAAUUGGAAGAAACGCCGUGUUUGAAAUAUUUGCCGGAAAUGUUCCUGGGGAAGCGGGAAAAGCCCACUCAUCAGUUUAAGCAGAUUGUCUCGUCUGAGAUUAAAACCGAAUACCUCCUGGGACCGAAGCAGACGCGCUGAAAAUCACACUUCGCCAUGUGCCACAAGAAUGAGUGUACACUAAUUUCUAAGUAGGAUACUGUAUACUUUCCUCCAACAAAGAGAAGGCGAGUCAAGUAAUGGAGACAUAUGUCCAAUCUUCACCAUCCUACUGUCCAUUUCGGAACACGACGGCUUUUAUUGUAUCACGACAAUGGUAAGAGCCGUCCGAAAAUUAUGUCGAUGUUUUCAGCUUGCACAGUUUAUGUGGGCGGGUCACUGCUAAUUGUUUUGCCUUCUCUCUGUUGGAGGAUCUGUCUAACACGAAUUUGUAUAUUAGACUGUGUUCUAGAUUAGGCCUUCACUUUAAAGCGGGCACAUGCCAAGAAUUUUCAGCAUACAAAUUUCCUAUUACGCUUCUAUUUAACCAUCAUAAUAUCAGUGUGGGAAACACACAUAUAAAAAACUUCCUUCUUGCGAAAAAUCUUUCAUUCUUAUUGAAUUCCCAUGGAUCAAUCCGCCGAGAUACUAUUCUUUCCUCUUCAGAGUUUCCUUCUAUUUGGCUGCAAACGUCUGGCCGUUCUGUUCACACGAAAACUAGCCCUGAUAACAUUAACUAGUGAUAUAUGCUGUGGGCUCAUUAACAUAGGCCAGAGGAGUUGGGGCAGAACAACAGAAGGUAGAGAAUAUAAAACCUCUAGCACUGUCAUUUCCACCAAUCAUGAAUCUCCUUUUAGAAGCUUCAGUAUAGCUACAACAAAUUCAAGAUGCAACACGCAUCGCAAGCAUCAUUGGAACACUCUGUAUACAGAGUAAGUUCUUUUCAUACAGACCUAUAUUGUGUAAUAAUACACGUACCCAUAAUCGUUGAUUCUUGUAUCUUAAUAGAAUUACAACAAAUAUCACGUGUUUACUGCUUGUAGGCCUCUAUAAGGACACAUACACACUUCAAAUAAUUUCUUACUCUGGCUGAAGGAGGACGUAACACUUAAAAUGUCUAUGGUCGACACGGGGGCGCCGUUGUCAGAGAAGAAACAAGGCAGAACCAUUAGCCGCUUCAGAGAAAUCCUACCUCAGGUUUUGGCAAUGGGAGCGGUAAACUGUGUUGUUUUAGACAUGGCGGUCACGUUCUUCUUGUCAACCCUUAUCAUCGCUGAUCUACAUGACCCAUCGAAAGAGCUUUCCUUGGACGACACGCAGGCCUCCUGGUUCGGUGGACUUCCCUACCUUUGCCAGCCAGUUGGUAGCAUCGCCUCAGGAUUCUUGGUAACAUGGUUAGGCCGCAAGAGGUCUCUGAUGCUCAUCACCCUGCCCUAUCUCCUAAGCUGCGUGCUUGUGAGUACGGCCCCCUCUGUCUCCGUACUUUUCAUAGCAAACGUAGUCGUGGGCAUGACAGUUGGUUUGACAGAGGCUCCACUCAACAGUUACUUUGGCGAGAUCUGUGAGCCAGAGUUUCGGAGUGUCCUGGCAGGCAGUGCGUCCCUGUACUACCAGUUCGGGAUGUUCUUAGUAUUCUUACUCGGCAGUUUCAUGCACUGGAGGACAACAGCCGCAGUGUCAACUGUCAUGCCAAUCCUGACGCUGCUGCUACUCAUACCGGUCCCCGAGUCGCCAAUAUGGCUCAUUGAGCAAGGAAGAAGGAAAGACGCAGAGGCUGCCCUGUGCUGGCUGCGUGGAUGGGUUCAUCCGAGCGUCGUGGAAAAAGAAUUAGAAGAACUCGUGACAUAUCAUAGGACUGCGACAAUGAAACCUGCUGAUUACACCAGUAAAUUCAAACGAAACUCGAAAGAAGACAAACCUUGUAUGCAGACGUUUGAUGGCAACAAACUACAUGAGACCCCUGAACAGACGAGUCUACUAACACAAAACGGCAAACAAUCUACGAACGGCGACCUAAUAACCAAAGAGACAACAGAAAACACUCAAGUGACAAUACAGAGAAAAAAUUCGGCACUGGCUUUAGAGAACUGUCCUUUGUCGGAAAUGACUCUAGAAGCCUGCGAGAAGAGUAAACAUGUCAGCAAAUGGUCCAAGUUUGUGGCCAGCCUGAAGCUACUUCUAGAACCGGAAACUUUGCGACCGUUGAUUCUUGUGUUCGCCAUUUUCCUGUUUUCUGGGAUGGGAGGAAUGAUGUCUAUCAAACCUUUUAUGGUUGAAGUAUUACAAAGGUUCCAGUCCCCACUGGAUCCUAAAUGGAGCUCAGUUGUGGUGGCAGCAUCAGGCUUCGUGGGCAGCACGUUCCUGAUAGCGUCCGUAAGGGGACUCGGCAAGCGGAUACUGGGACUCUCAACCACGGCCGCGUGUGCGGUAUCGUGUCUACUCCUGGGACUGUACGCCUCUCUUGUUAUCAGACCGGUCAGUGACGCGGGGGAGAGCUCGAACCCGGUCAGAUGGAUACCAAUAGUGCUCUUCGCCUUGCUCUCAUUUGCUUCCACCGCACAGUGCCAGCUUCCGUGGCUUCUGGUAGCCGAGUGCUUCCCUUUCAGGACGCGAGGCGUCGCGGGAGGUUUAUCUGCCGCGUCCAUGUAUCUGGUAGCAUUCUUCGCCUCCAAAACAUAUCUAUCCACGGAGAAGAGCCUUCACCUGCAUGGUACCUUCUGGUUCUUCGGAGUCAUCAAUUGUAUAUGUUUAGUGUACUUGUACUUUCAGUUACCAGAGACAGAGGGUAAAUCCCUUCAAGAAAUCGAGAGUCUGUUUGCAAGGAAAAGGCGUCGAAACUUAAGUGACGAGAGUCUAGGAUAAAUCUGUGGUGGUACAGAAAAGGAUGUUACGUCACUGAACAUUAUUUUAAAGGGAACAAAACGAUUUUAGACGUUUAUCAAGUGAUGUGUUCCUGUCAACAGCCUAUUUCAUUGUGUCAAAAAACGGGCAGUACUGCGCUUUAUUGACAUAACCUCACUCAGUUUGCACUUGCUUCAUUUACGAGGGAGAGUCAGUAAAUGGGUCACAGAUGGGUAUAAAACGUAAAACAUGUGAUAUUCGAACCCGGGGG